GCCCAUGCCUUCACCCCUCUCUGCAUUGUCACAGCCGGUAUCACCACUCUUAAAAGGCUAUCGCAGCCACUCCAGCACCAGUUGCUGACCGGCCUACCCACUUGCCUCCUUGCCUGCUUCUGGCUGCCUUGAAUGUCUCAUUCUUCAAGCGCCUUGUGGGUCUGACAAAGCAGGGACCAUGUCUACCUUUGGCUAUAGAAGAGGACUUAGUAAAUAUGAAUCCAUCGACGAGGAUGAACUCCUCGCCUCCCUGUCGGCUGAAGAGCUGAAGGAGCUUGAGAGGGAGUUGGAAGACAUUGAACCAGACCGCAACCUUCCCGUGGGGCUAAGGCAAAAGAGUCUGACAGAGAAAACCCCCACAGGAACAUUCAGCAGAGAGGCACUGAUGGCCUAUUGGGAAAAGGAGUCUCAAAAACUCUUGGAGAAGGAGAGGCUGGGGGAGUGUGGAAAGGUUGCAGAAGAAGACAAAGAGGAGAGUGAGGAAGAGCUGAUCUUUACUGAGAGUAACAGUGAGGUCUCCGAGGAGGUAUAUACAGAAGAGGAAGAGGAACAGGAGGAGUCCCAGGAGGAAGAGGAAGAAGAGGAGGAAGAAGACAGUGAGGAAGAGGAAAGAACAGCUGAAAGUGCUAAGGGGAUUAAUGGAGCUGUCAGUUAUGAGAGUGUCAGUUCUGACAGCUCUAAGCCAAAGACAUUUAAAAGUCAAAUAGAAAACAUAAACUUGACCAACGGCAACAGCAGAAGGAACACAGAGUCCCCGGCUGCCAUUCACCCUUGUGGAAAUCCUACCGUUAUUGAGGAUGUUUUGGAAAAGAUUAAGAACAACGACCCUGACACCACGGAAGUCAAUCUGAACAACAUCGAGAACAUCACAACGCCGACCCUCACCCGUUUCGCCGAAGCCCUGAAGGACAACACGGUGGUGAAGACCUUCAGUCUGGCCAACACCCGCGCUGAUGACCCCGCGGCGAUGGCCAUCGCGGACAUGCUCAAGGUCAACAGGCACAUCACGAAUGUAAACAUCGAGUCCAACUUCGUCACGGGGAAGGGGAUCCUGGCCAUCAUGAGGGCGCUGCAGCACAACACCGUGCUCACCGAGCUGCGCUUCCACAACCAGAGGCACAUCAUGGGCAGCCAGGUGGAGAUGGAGAUCGUCAAGCUCCUGAAAGAGAACACGACGCAGCUGAGGCUGGGCUACCAUUUUGAGCUCCCAGGACCUCGGAUGAGCAUGACCAGCAUUUUGACAAGAAAUAUGGAUAAGCAGAGGCAAAAGCGGAUACAGGAGCAAAAACAGCAAGAGGGAUAUGAGGGAGGAGGCUCCAAUCUGAGGACCAAAGUCUGGCAACGAGGAACGCCUGGCUCUUCGCCCUAUGCAUCUCCCAGGCACUCUCCUUGGUCAUCACCAAAACUCCCCAAGAAAGUCCAAACUGUGAGGAGCCGUCCUGAGUCUCCUGCGGCCACACCCCCACCUCCUCCUCCUCCACCUCCUCCUCCCCAAAUGCUGCCACCACCACCUCCCCCACCGCCUCCUCCUCCUCCUCCACUCCCGGAGAAGAAGCUCAUCACCAGAAACAUUGCAGAAGUCAUCAAACAACAGGAAAGCGCCCAACGGGCAUUACAAAACGGACAGAAAAAGAAAAAAGGCAAAAAGGUUAAGAAACAGCCAAACAAUAUCCUGAAGGAAAUUAAAAGUUCUCUGAGGUCUGUGCAAGAGAAGAAAAUAGAAGACAAUUCCCGACCUUCUACCCCACAGAGAUCAGCUCAUGAAAAUCUCAUGGAAGCAAUUCGGGGAAGCAGCAUGAGACAGCUAAGGCGGGUGGAAGUUCCUGAAGCUCUGCGAUAAACACACCAUAUUUACAAGAGGAUGCAGAACUGUUCAGUAGUAUUAAAUAAAGCGCAUUGAGGUGUUUCUAAAAUACCUUCUUUCCAUUUGAAAUGUUCCCUGACUUUAAAAAUAGCCUUACCCACUAAUUCUGCAGAGAAUUUUAAGAAACGAUCAGCAUGAUUCUUCUGUAAAUAUGAAAAUGAACUUUUUUAUGUGAGAUUUGUAUUGGCAAGAAACGUUUAAAGAAGCUCUUCAUAGUUCUGGAUUUGUUGGUUACUCUGAGGUAAAAUGAGUUAAUAAAACGUGCUGUUAUUUUUGUAAUCCCAAUAAAUUUGGAUCGAAGUAUUUUUUUCUUUUUUUUAAAAGCCA